CUGACUCUGAAGUCUGAACCCUAAUAAACUCUGCGAAUCGGACACAAAGUGGAAACAGUGAAGACACUCAAAUCUCCCAUCACUUCUCACUUCGAUUGAUCGUUCGUCAAUGGCCUUACUCUGAUCCGUCCGAGAAGGUUGAACCGAAUCGGAUUUCGAUAAUGGGAAGUCCCCUGAGAUCAGGUUACGGAGUUCUUUUCGUUCUUGUCGUCUUCCUAAGUCUUUCUGGCGAUUUGAUCUCCGUGGAAAGUGGUCAACCCAAGAAUGUCCAAGUGGCUCUUCGGGCCAAGUGGUCUGGUACCUCACUGCUUUUAGAAGCUGGCGAAUUGCUAUCCAAAGAGUGGAAAAACCUUUUCUGGGAGUUCAUUGAGAUCUGGCAGCACAAUGAGGAUGCUGAUUCAUAUACAGCGAAAGACUGUUUGAAGAAAAUCAUUAAAUGUGGACAAUAUUUAUUGAGAGAAUCCGUGUCAUCACUUUUUGAGUUCUCUCUGAUUCUACGAUCAGCAUCACCAAGAUUAGUGUUGUACAGGCAAUUAGCUGUGGAAUCUCUUUCUUCUUUUCCCAUUUCUGAUGAUAUUGACUAUACCUCUGUCGAUGGCGGAAUUUUCAAAGUAAAUGACAACACUGGAAGCAAGAACAUUGACCCAUUGCUGAUGGGCAUGAACCCAACUCCUCCUGGGGGAAAGUGUUGUUGGGUGGAUACUGGUGGGGCACUGUUUUUCAAUGUUGCAGAGUUGUUAAUGUGGCUGCAUAGCCCAUCCGAAUUGGAUUCAUUUCAGCAGCCAGAACUUUAUGAAUUUGAUCAUGUGCAUUUCGAUUCAAGUAUUGGAAGUCCAGCUGUAAUUUUAUAUGGAGCUCUUGGUACUGAUUGCUUCAGAGACUUUCAUGUCACAUUAGUUGAAGCAGCUAAAAAGGGAAAAGUUAAGUAUGUUGUUAGACCUGUAUUGCCUUCUGGCUGUGAAACAAAAAGUGGCCAUUGUGCAGCUGUUGGUGCCAGUGAUACUUUAAAUUUGGGUGGUUAUGGUGUAGAACUUGCUCUAAAGAACAUGGAAUACAAGGCUAUGGAUGACAGUGCAAUAAAAAAAGGUGUAACUCUUGAAGAUCCUCAUACUGAAGAUCUCAGCCAAGAAGUUAGAGGGUUCAUCUUCUCUAGAAUUCUGGAACGCAAACCUGAACUAACCUCUGAAAUAAUGGCUUUUAGGGAUUAUCUUCUGUCAUCGACAAUAUCUGAUACACUUGAUGUUUGGGAAUUAAAGGAUUUAGGGCACCAAACUGCACAAAGGAUUGUUCAUGCCUCUGAUCCUUUGCAGUCAAUGCAAGAAAUCAAUCAAAAUUUCCCUAGUGUUGUAUCUUCUCUAUCCCGUAUGAAGCUGAAUGAUUCAAUCAAGGAUGAAAUAAUUGCAAACCAGCGAAUGAUGCCUCCUGGCAAGUCCUUAAUGGCUUUGAAUGGCGCUUUAAUCAACGUUGAAGAAAUUGACCUUUACAUGUUGGUUGACAUGGUUCAUCAGGAGUUAUCUCUGUCUGAUCAAUAUUUGAGGUUGAAGAUUCCUCCAAGCGCUAUACGGAAGCUCCUAUCAACUUUACCUUCUUCUGAGUCUGACACAUUUCGUGUUGAUUUCCGUUCAACUCAUGUUCAUUACCUUAACAACUUGGAGGAAGAUGCCAUGUACAAGCGAUGGCGGACCAAUAUCAAUGAGAUUUUGAUGCCUGUCUUUCCUGGACAGCUACGCUACAUUCGUAAGAAUUUGUACCAUGCAGUUUUUGUUUUGGAUCCUGGAUACGCUUGUGGUCUUGAGUCCAUUGACAUGAUUAUUUCUUUGUAUGAGAAUAAUCUUCCCAUGAGAUUUGGGGUGAUACUGUUCUCUACCAAGUUCAUCAAUACAAUUGAAAAGAACGGUGGGGAAAUUCCUUCGGCUGGUAUUGAAAAUGCUAAUCGCGUUGGGGAAGAUGUCUCCAGUUUGAUUAUACGACUUUUUAUUUAUAUUAAGGAACAUCAUGGGAAUCAAAUGGCUUUCCAGUUUUUGAGCAAUAUAAAUAGAUUGCGGAUUGAAUCGGCAGAUCCUGUGGAAGAUGCUCCUGAAAUGCACCACGUGGAAGGGGCAUUUGUUGAGACAUUAUUACCAAAGGCUAAAUCUCCACCCCAAGAUACUUUACUAAGACUGGAAAAGGAGCAGAUUUUCAAUGAGCUAUCUCAGGAAAGCUCCAUGUUUGUUUUUAAGCUGGGUUUAGCUAAACUUCAAUGCUGUCUCUUGAUGAAUGGACUUGUCUUGGAUGCUAAUGAGGAUGCUCUUAUGAAUGCAAUGACCGAUGAGCUUCAAAGAAUCCAGGAACAAGUUUACUAUGGUCAUAUAAAUUCUCAGACUGAUGCACUGGACAAAUUUCUCUCUGAAAGUGGGAUUCCUCGGUACAACCCACAGAUUAUUGCGGAAGGCAAGGUGAAACCAAAAUUUAUCUCUCUGUCUACAGAAAUUCUUGAGAAGGAUUCUGUGCUAAAUGCUAUUAGUUACUUGCACUCUCCUGAAACUGUAGAUGAUGUGAAGCCCGUGACCCAUCUUCUUGCAAUUGAUGUCACAUCAAAGAAGGGGAUCAAGUUGUUCCAUGAAGGAAUUCGAUAUAUGAUAGAAGGUUCUAGAAGUGCACGCUUAGGCAUGCUAUUUAACGCCAAGCAAGAUGCAGAUCUUCCUGCUCUCCUAUUUACUAAGGCUUCUGAAUUGGCUGCAUCAUCAUAUAGUCAUAAGAAAAAGGUGUUGCAUUUUUUGGAUCAACUAGUCCCGCUUUAUGAGAAUGAAUUUAUGUCUGCAUCUCCAGUAGUUGAAGGAAGCAUUCAAUCAUUUAUUGAUAAGAUCUCUGAUCUAGCCGGUGCAAAUGGCUUACCAUCUAAGGGAUUUAAAGAAGUUUUGUCCGAAUUGUCAAUUGAAAAUUUGAGAGGCUAUCUGAAUGAGGUGGCAAAAUUUUUAUACAGGCAACUUGGACUUGAAUCUGGGGUUAAUGCUAUCAUUACGAAUGGAAGGGUGAUCCACCCUGGUGACAAUAUGUUUUUGAGUCAUGAUCUACGUCUUCUAGAAACAGUGGAGUUUAAGCACAGAAUAAAGCACAUUGUUGAAAUUAUUGAAGAAGUGAAGUGGGAGGACAUGGAUCCUGAUUUGCUGACAAGCAAAUUUAUCAGUGAUAUAAUUAUGUUUGUCUCAUCUUCAAUUGCUCUGCUGGAUCGAAGUGCUGAAAGUGCUCGUUUUGAGAUUUUGAAUGCAAAAUAUAGUGCUGUUGUUUUGAACAAUGAAAGUAGUACCAUCCACAUUGAUGCCGUGAUUGAUCCUUUAAGUCCUUCUGGUCAAAAGUUGUCUUCACUUCUUCGAGUUCUGUGGAAAAUGGUUCAGCCAAGCAUGAGGAUUGUACUGAAUCCACUGAGUUCCCUGGUUGACCUUCCUUUAAAGAACUACUACAGAUACAUAGUGCCAACAAUGGAUGAUUUCAGCAGCACAGAUUAUACAGUGAAUGGCCCCAAAGCCUUUUUUGCCAAUAUGCCAUUGUCCAAAACCCUCACUAUGAAUCUUGACGUUCCUGAACCGUGGCUUGUUGAGCCUGUUAUUGCCGUCCAUGACCUCGAUAAUAUAUUGCUUGAAAACCUUGGCAACCAAAGGACACUGCAAGCAGUGUUUGAACUUGAAGCUCUUGUUCUUACUGGUCAUUGUUCAGAGAAAGAUCGUGAACCUCCCCAAGGCCUUCAGCUUAUCCUUGGAAGUAAGAGUAGACCACACAUGGUUGAUACCAUUGUGAUGGCCAAUUUGGGAUAUUGGCAAAUGAAAGUUUCUCCUGGGGUUUGGUACCUGCAGCUUGCUCCAGGUCGAAGUUCUGAGCUUUAUGCUUUGAAAGAAGAUGGUGAGGGAAGUAAAGACAUUCCUUUGUCGAAACAUAUCACUAUCAAUGAUUUGCGGGGCAAAGUGGUUCACCUGGAAGUAGUGAAGAAGAAGGGAAAGGAGCGUGAGAAAUUGCUGGUUUCUUCUGAUGAUGGCAUCCAUUCACAAGAGAAGAAAAAAGGAAACCAGAACAGUUGGAACUCUAAUUUCUUAAAAUGGGCUUCUGGUUUUAUUGGUGGCAGUGAGCAGCAUAAGAAGAGUCAAAGCACUUCAGUGGAGCACGGAACUGGGGUGCGACAUGGGAAGACAAUUAAUAUAUUUUCCAUAGCGUCUGGGCACUUAUAUGAACGCUUUUUGAAGAUCAUGAUCCUAAGUGUUCUGAAGAACACUCAUCGACCAGUAAAGUUCUGGUUUAUAAAGAACUACCUUUCUCCACAAUUCAAGGAUGUGAUUCCGCAUAUGGCGAGAGACUAUGGUUUUGAGUAUGAAUUAAUUACCUAUAAAUGGCCUACCUGGUUGCAUAAACAGAAAGAAAAACAGCGAAUCAUCUGGGCGUAUAAAAUCCUAUUUCUUGAUGUUAUUUUUCCACUUUCCUUGGAGAAGGUUAUAUUUGUUGAUGCUGAUCAGGUUGUCCGGGCUGACAUGGGAGAACUCUAUGACAUGGAUAUAAAAGGAAGACCUCUUGCUUAUACUCCUUUCUGUGACAACAAUAAGGACAUGGAUGGCUAUCGAUUUUGGAGACAAGGUUUCUGGAAGGAACAUUUACGAGGGAGACCAUAUCACAUAAGUGCUCUAUACGUAGUGGAUUUGGUCAAAUUCCGAGGAACUGCUGCAGGAGAUAAUUUAAGAGUAUUCUACGAAAACCUUAGCAAGGAUCCAAACAGUCUUUCCAAUCUGGAUCAGGAUCUUCCAAACUAUGCUCAGCAUGCGGUACACAUCUUUUCGCUCCCCCAGGAAUGGCUAUGGUGUGAAUCUUGGUGUGGUAAUGCCACAAAACCCAAGGCGAAAACCAUAGAUCUGUGUAACAAUCCCAUGACAAAGGAACCAAAGCUGCAGGGUGCUAGAAGAAUUAUUUCAGAGUGGACAGAGCUGGAUAAUGAAGCAAGACGGUUCACUGCGAAAAUCCUAGGUGAAGAUAUUGAUCCAAAGGAGCAAGUGGCAUCUCCAAGUGAAGCACAAACAUCAGUCCCCAACCCCCCUGAUGAAGACCUUGAAUCCAGGUCAGAGUUGUGAACGUGAUCUCGCGUGAGGGCGCGAUUCUGCUAUCGAAGAUCUGAACAUUUUUGGUCCAGAAUGAGGGGAACAAAUGCAUGGACCAUGAAGACGACCUCAUAGAGACUGCAGAAUGACAACGUUGUUUGAAGCCAAUCUCUCCAUGCAGAUAUAAAUUCACGAGGCAUAACCUCAUUAUUCGAAACAGGACUCGGCAACCAAAUUUUGCCUAUGGUGUGACACCCUCCCUUGUAUUUUUGCAGUUAGAAGGGUGAAGAACGAAUGUAUGGAACUUGAUAGUACAUGGCAGCAACUGACAUAAUUGGAAGUCUUCCAAUUACAAAGACUCUUUUGGAGAUUGUAGACUAUCUGCAUAUGACAUUCAAGAUAGUAAAUUAUUA